AUGGCAGAAACUCAGAAAAACACCAGCACGGCGAGCUCAAGCCGACCACCUCUCGUACCGUCGAACAUCGCAACCGAGCCUGGUAAGCUUUCGCUGUUAGCGUCGAUACCAAAUGAGCUGCAUCUCGAAGUUUUAUCUUACCUAAGCAUCGAGGACGUAAUGCGCCUUCGAAAGACAUGCCGACAAUACUACUACUACUUCACGCGCGAAAACAUCCAGAAGCACUUCAGCAAAAAAGGCCGACUUUCCCCCGAGCUGCUCACCUACUGUGCCGAGUGCUUCCGGGUCUUCGACGAGCCGCUAAUCCUCGACGACGAGCGCGCGCCCGACCAGUGGCGGUCUAUGUGCUGCGACUGCUUCCGCGUGAAGCGGAGCCCGGUCUACCACACCGACAGGAACAAGCCCACGGUAGUCAGCCUCACGAACGGGAUGCGUGUAGAGGUCUGCCUUUGGUGCGGCUGGCCCGAUGUUCCUGGACGGUGGCAUUUGCCUUGUUAUGACGAGUUUUGCAAUGCGACGGGCCACAUCAGCCACGAGCUGAUCUAUUGCGUGUUCUCCACUUACUUCAUCACCCCAACCCUCGUUAGUUGGUGCCUGCCCGACUGGCGCUUGGAGGCUUAUCUGAAUUGCGCUGUGGUGGCGGUGAUAUGGGACUUUUUCCUAGCCAAUAUGUAUAUUUACUAUGUUGACUGGCAAUCCCGUAACGAUUUGGAUUUCUACCGUUAUCCGCAUUUUCUCAUGGGCCCCAUAUCGACUCUCAUCUGGACACCGGCCGUGCUCCAAGGCAUCUCCCAGAUGCUAGCCGAGCAAGGAUUGUGGACGGGUAUUAUGCCAAGUACAGUCUUCAGCCUGUACUUCGGUCUUAGACUCUUGAUGCACGGCUUUAAUACCUUCUGCAUUCUUGUCUGGGCGACGGGGUACGACCCCAGAAGUUUCUCGCUCCCAGGAUUGUCAACCCCGCGGAGACUCUGGUAUAAGACGUGUUCGUGGCUGGUGCAUUGGUGGACCGUCCCAGGGUUGAAUAGACGAGGUAUCUAG